GAAUAGAAUCUUUUAUAAUAUUGAUUGUUUUUUUUUUAGUUUUUAGAAUAUAAGUGGCACAAGUUAAAUCUUCAAAUCUCCCUACAUCAUCCGCAGCCUUAUAUUCAUGAGCUCUGUGCCAUGACUUCAUAGUGAUAGGUUUAGCAGAAAGACAGCAUUGCAGAAGCGCCAGAUUGGCAUAUUCCAUCAAAAUGAGCUCCAAAUCAUGCAUUCAUCAACAUAUGCAAUUUGCUUACCCCAUGCAUCAAAAGGUCCAAGUAAGUUUGAUGAAUAUGUUGUUGGCACGCUUUGCGUUUACGCUGCAAUAUGCAAGCACGGGGGAGUUCCGUUGAGAUUUCCCGGUACAAAGGGAGCUUGGGAGAAUUAUUAUAUGGCUUCUGAUGCUGAUUUGAUUGCAGAGCAACAUAUUUGGGCGGCAGUGGAUCCUUAUGCGAAUAAUGAAGCGUUUAAUUGUAGUAAUGGUGAUGUUUUUAUGUGGAAGCGGUUAUGGAAGGUUUUGGCGGAACAGUUUGGGAUUGAGGAGUAUGGAUAUGAGGAGGGUUCGAGUUUGAAGUUGGCUGAGUUGAUGAAAGAUAAGGGUCCUGUUUGGGAUGAGAUUGUGAAUGUGAAUGAGCUUCAACCUACUAAGCUUGAAGAAGUUGGUGAAUGGUGGAUUGCAGAUGCUAGUUUUGGAUUGGAAAACAUUGUAGAUAGCAUGAAUAAGGCUAAAGAACAUGGUUUUUUGGGUUCAGAAAUAGUAAGAAUUCUCUCAUUGGAUAGAUAAGACCACUCAUUGGAUAGAUAAGACCAGAGCUUACAAGAUUGUUCCGUGAAGGUGAACACUUCGGUACACAUAUGUGGAUAUGUACUGGUACACGUUUAGGUGGAUGAUUGUAAUUGGUUCACAAAUAGUAUUGAAAAGUUAAUAAAUACUAUUUGUAAACCAAUUACAAUCAUCCACCUUAGUAAAUACAUGGGUACAUAUCCACAUAUUACUAAGAAUUCACCUAAUAGUAAUAUCUAUGUUGUGCCUCUGCUUUAUGUUUUUGUUUUAAGUAAAAUAAAACUCGAGCUGCUCAGUGAUUUAUCACGAGCCUGUGUGUCUUGUUUAUUUGAUUGAUGUACUACUACUCUACUAUUGUUUGUUUUACUUGUGUUUCAGUAAAUGUAU